AUGAGCCGUCGCACGCCAAUAGAACCCCAACGAGUCGACGCACCACUCACCCAGUCAGCGACCUUCCUCGUCCUCUCCGUGACUGACAAGCCCGAGGCUAUCAAGACGGUGCGCUCGACCCUUGCCAGCGUCGACGACCUGUCCAAGAACGUUGCUAUUCGCGAUCUGGAUGCCGCCUUCGCCUGCACCGUCGGCAUUGGCAGCAAUAUCUGGGACAGUCUCCUAAGUGGCGUUCCCAGACCGGCUGAGCUGCACCCUUUCCCGACCAUUUCCGGCAAAGUUCACACGGCGGUCUCCACGCCCGGGGAUCUGUUGUUUCAUAUCCGAGCACAGCGUCGCGAUCUGUGCUUCGAGUUCGAGCGCCAAUUGAUGGAUCGACUGGGCGACUGUGUCAAGGUCGAGGACGAAACCGUUGGGUUCCGCUACUUUGACGUCCGCGAUCUUUUGGGUUUCGUGGACGGCACGGCAAACCCUGUGGGCGCUUCUGUCGACGAAUCAGUCCUGGUGACGGAGGUGGACGACGCAGGCUCCGCAGGUGGCAGCUACGUUGUCGUCCAGAAGUAUGUGCAUGACCUGAAGAGGUGGCGAGGUCUUUCAACAGAGCAACAGGAAGCAAUCAUCGGCCGCACAAAGCUCGACAACAUCGAGUUGAACGACGUAGAUGAGGACAAACAAAAAGCACACAAACAACUAGCCACGGUCCAGGGCGACGAUGGAUCCGAGCUCUCGAUUUUGAGGGACAAUAUGCCCUUUGGCACCCCCGGGAAAGGGGAAUUUGGGACUUAUUUCAUCGGGUAUUCCAGGAAGCUGUGGGUCAUUGAGCAAAUGCUGGACCGGAUGUUUGUGGGUUCACCACCUGGCUUGCACGAUCGGAUUCUGGACUACUCGACGCCGUUGACUGGGACGACUUUUUUUGUGCCGAGUGCAACUGUACUGGCGAGUUUAGAUGAUGAUUAG